AUGGAAGAGGUUCAACAGAAAGAAGAAAUUAAACAUAUUGUUCAGGAAGAGCAAAACGAAAUCCCCAUUAACAAUCAGCAGGAAGCAGGGCCUGAAAUGGAGGAUCUUGAUAAUCUGAAAGUCAAUAAUGAGGAGACAAAUGUUAUACAAGUUGAGAAUAACGUAGCACAGAAGGCUCCUGGAAGGGUAGAAGAAAGCCAGGACUCAACAAGGAAAUCGAAUCAAGGUUCAAAAUUACCAAUUCUCAAGAUAAAGGCAACAGUGCCUCAGCCAUUUUGUUUGGCAACUGAGAAAAGAAUACUGUCUAGAGAAAGACGGGGUUCAGUGGAUUUUUCUCCAUUGACUGAAACAAAAUCGAUGCCUAGAGAAAGACGAGGCUCUGUGGAGUUCAAGGACUUGCAAGGUCCUAAGCUUACCAAAUCUGUCAGUUUAAGCCACAAGACUGCAUCCUUUUCGGGUCCUGGAUUUGGAGAAACCUCCAAGGCAAAGCAUGCAAAUUCCACAACUAUUGCUACUAAAACAAAUUCCAAAAUCAAAGUGACAACAGACCAACGGGGUGACCACAAGAAAAUGGAGACCGGUUUAAAAAAUAGCCACAAGAGUGAAGCAAAAAGGGAAAUUGAAAGCAGACUCUUACGAGUCACUGCCAAGAACCCGCAAGGAGAUGAAUUGGACAAAGGCAAUAAACUUCGGAAAAGCUCUACAUUCAAAGCGACUCCACUGCCAAGCUUCUAUCACCGUAAAACUCCUCUCCCCAAACCUGAAAUAAAUAAGAUCCAGCCAACACGUCCCAAGUCUCCUGUAAUUGGGCAGAGAAGCAAGCCCAUGUCUACAACUGAAAAACCUAAAUCAGAAAAAAAGGGCAAGACUGUUGCCAGGAGAAUGACUACUAAUGGAGCCAAGGAGACAAUAACCAAACUAUUUAAAAGUACCAAAAAGACUUUGAUUGGUUCCAAAGAAUCCAUGCAAGGCGUUGUUGCAAGUGCAUGA